GUUGUGGCGGCGUACCCUUUCGAGUCGCGCGAUGCUGCUGACCGUGGAGAGUCUGCUCGAGCUCGCGUCCAAGGUGGAGCCGCGAUCGAUCGCCGAUCACUUGAGCGUCGUUGACGCCAUGAAAACUGACGGAAUCCUUCUUCCUGAGCUCGCGCGACUCAAUCAAGACCUUGCCGACGAAGUUCGUCGUCACCACGAGGCACUGCACGAGUAUGAACGAAAGCAGAGGGGGACACAGAUGGAAGAGACGCUCGACACAAGAGCAUCUGUACCACUAAAGUCUCCACGACUGCGACGCAAGGCAUCUUUGCAUGGUUUCCCAUUGAUCCUUGGCGAUGACACGGAUCCCAGCGAAGCUGCGACCAACAACCCCGAUCUCAACGUGGCGGAAAACUUGACAACGUCACUAGACCACCCUCCACCCCGUCCACACACAUCGCCGCCUCGUGUCAAUUACCAAAGCAUGUUUCUCGCGGCUGCGAUCCAACUCCUCGAAGACAAAUGGUCGACGCCGGCCGAGUUCCCCCCACGCUUAUCCCUUCCUCCAGACACACUGCUGGCAGGGCACCUGCGCAAGGCGAAAGACAACUCGCUUCGGUCGUGUUCCAAGAAAUACGUCGUCCUCACGCGUGGCUCGCUCACGUACUACUCAGACCAAUUGGACAAGGCCCAGAACAUCUCCCUCGUUCGGUUUGUGUGUCGCGAGGUGGUCAGCCAGCGCUUCCAGCACAAGUUUGCAUUCGAAUUGAUCGCAACAGACAACAACUCGACGAAAGCGUCCAAGUCCAAGCUCGUAUGGAUGGCCAAGUCGGAGCAAGAGCGGCGGGUGUGGGUGCAUGCCAUUCGCGCCGUCAUCAACGAGCCGCAGUACCAUGUAUUGUCCCGUGGCAGCACGUUUGACGGGGACUGCUACGAGGUCCUAUUGCUACGCCGCCAUGUACAAGCAGCGACUGACAAAGCUGCCUAUCUCCGCACGUUGCAGCACUCGAAACGCGAGCUGCACAUGCCUGUCGAGUGGAUCCACAAGCAGGAACAGGUCGCGCGCCACCCGCGCGGUCGAUGCGGCAUGGACCAAGUGUUUAAGGACUUGGAGCGCGACAAAGUCAAGAUAAACAAUCGCGUGUUCAGCGGUGCCGACGGCAGCGAGUGUGUACUAGGCGCCCUCACGCGGGUCUUUAUACAAGUACAGGGCCAGCAUGACGUUCAAAACGACCUCACCGAAGCCGAGGCACUGUCGAUCGUGCGCAGCUUACUGCUCAGCUGCAACCGUACACAGUCGGGCGGCGACACGUACGAAGCUGUCGAGUUCCUUUACCACAACCCGACCCUGAAUGUGUUGUGCCCCAACCAACUCGAAGCAGAUCCGCUCGAGAUUAACGUGUUCCUCCAUGAUCCGUGCCCGGCUGUGUCGCAGUACGUGCCAGAAACUGACCUGACCGACCAUUGGUGUCGCGACAGCGGCAUGGCGAGGGCGGCCACAGGAGGUCAUGUGCGGCAUUUUUCAGGAGGCUCGAUUCCGACGUCCCCCGGCAGCGCGUGGGAGGAGCUCGCGGAAGGCAGACCAGCGUCGUCGCUGCACUUGUUUGGAAAAGAACAGCGCGUGGCGGCGGAGGACCCUCCAUUGCUUGUGUUUGCGGGGAAAAAAAUGCACAUCACGAUCGUCGCGUCGACAUCGUACAAAGUGUGCGAUCUCAAUCCACAAGGCAACUCGGACGACGACACGUGGGCAGUCGUCGACGCCGUCUUUGAGCAAUCGUUUGUGUACGUCCCGUGCUACGGCGUACUCGAAGGCAAAGGCUCCGUCCGCGUCAAGCAUAAAAAGUAACAUGGUCGAGUCGGUCUCUCAGCCAACGCCACCUGCCCAACUUCCUGCGUCAUGCGGACGAUCUUUGUUGGAUUAGCCAAUCAAAACGCAGAAUACAAUCCACGAAACUUUUUCAACC